AUGUUGUUGGCAUUGGGGUCGAUUCCCGGAAGCACGUUGAACCCAAACAGCUGGACUGCGCGGCCGAUUAUCGCUGUAGACGUGCACGUCUUGAGCUUCACCACUUUCUGCGACUCGGACCCAGACAGAUUGGCAACCUGGCUCCAUCUUGCGAAAAACGUUUCUUUGGUCAACGGAGACCCGCGAGUCAGAAUCUUGCCCAAAACAGCAGCCAGUCGCAGCUUAUGUUCGCUGUACCCUCCGCACAUGAACGAGAUGUUCAACGUCGGCACCUCCGAGUCCAAGUACGGCUUCCGGACCGUGAUGUCGAACUUCUGCACAGACUUGGCUCCCGGAGCAAUGCCCGACUCUGGAUGCUGUAAUAUGUUGACAAUGUAG